GUAAAAGCAAAAACGUUUAGUUUGAAGUGAACUAUUCGGCAAUGUUGACAUGUUGAACGCGUUAACGCUGUAACGGUAUAUAGACAGAUUUUUAUUUGAAGCAGCAGCAGCAAGUUGUUGUAGCAGAAUUUGUUGUGAAAAAUAUUGAUAUAUAACAAAGAAAAUUUUAAUUGAUAAUUUUUAUAAAUAAACGAGGUGUUCAACCGAAGUGAAACUUGUUUUAAUAAAAAUAUGAAAAUAAAUAAAACGAACAGUGUAACACACACUGAAAGUAUUGUUGUGCGAUCAUAAACACGUGUUGGAUAAUUACAGUGUUCUAUUUUGAGUACAUAUAGGAUAAUUUAUGCAUGCUUUUGGGCGCAUAGACGUGUGUGUGUGUUAAACUGAAAGGAAUUAGAAACAAAACUUCCUGAAAAUAUUGUGGCAAGUAUUUUUGUUGUAAUCAAGCAGUUUUGUAGCAAACAAUUCAGUCGGCAAUCAAACUUGUAUUUGAUUUUCGAAAUUACGCGCCUAUUUAUAACUAGCAUACAUUCAGGCGCAGUAGUGUUUAGCUUCAUUAACUAGCAUAUCUAACGGUUAACGGCUUUUAUUUGACAAUUAAUAUAACUACUUUUCGCUUAGUGAAGCUUUUGGCUUAUUUCCAUCAUUUGUUCUUACUCACUCAUUUCGUUUGCCUGAGUGUAAACGCGAAAACGCCCUCGAGCUUAAGCGUCGCAGCUAAUACGGGAUUAAGCAUAGUGUAGAAUAAGAUCAGUAAGACAGCAGUUGAAACAAUUGGAAAGCGUAUACACGCAAACAAUCAAUAAAUUUGUUGCAACACAUGCCAAAUAGCGGCCACCAAAGGAAUGUGUGUGUUGCAAACUUAAAUUGAAAAUCGAAUUUCAUUUGUAAAAGUGUGUCUAUAAUAACAAAGUGUAUUGCACCUUAAGUGAAUAAUUGAUGAGUCAGGAAUCAAAUCAGGCUAAUUUACAUUUCCAAAAAGGAAGGCACACUUCCUCUCACAGCCAGCGACAUAGCAUUGUGUACUUUCUUUCACGUCUAGUACACCCGGGAGUGUCGUGCACCUCGCUCAUUUAUAAGAAACCUCACUCUGCACUCUAAAAACGUAACGUUGUGUGUGCGCUGCAAAUAAACAGGCUAGCACCUCCGUUGUAUUGUGCUUUUGCGCCCAAAAGUAUAUGCCACGGUGUGUAGUAAAAUUUGAGGCAAGAAGCUGGAAGUGAAACAACAGUGAAAAGUUUCUGCAAUUUUGGGCGCUGCUAUAAAAGCGACAGCAUCAAUCCUCGUUAAGCAGCGCGCGCGCCAGUGUGUCAGUAAACAAUUGCAAUAAAUCAAAGCUUGUCAGCGAUUCUCCCGAGUGUUCGGCGGCAACAGCGCGAAUUCGGGCUCACCUGCCGCACUGUUUGUGGCAUUAGUGCGCUUGUGUGCAUGCCGCCGCGCGGAUAUGUGUCAUUUUGUGGCGUGAACGUGUUAAAAAUUAAUUUGCAUAAAUAGCAAAUAUUUCAUGUUGACAGAGUAAAUAUUUGCCAGCAUAUGCAGGUGGCAAUGCUAAAAAUCGUGCAAUAAAUUAUAGCGCGACACAUUUGUGGAAAAUUGCAACUUUCAGCGCAUACUUAAUGCGAAAUUUAUGCAUUUAUUUAUUUAUUUGGGUUUAAUGAAGAAAAAAAUGCGGAAAAGUAAUUAAAAAAAAAGCAAACUGCAAUGAGUAAUUGAUUAAUAGCGGUGACAAAUUAACAAAUGUAUAAACGCAUAAAUAAGUGCAUACACGUGUGUCUAAGUGUUUGUGACGGUGGCGUAUAUGAAAAACUGGCCGCAGCGCCUAUGCAUAUGCAACGUGCAGCUUAAGCGUGUGCUUAAGCAGUGAGGAGGCGCAACAAUAAGCGCAUUUAAGGCAAACUGAGUGGCGGAAAUAAAGUAAAUUAUAAAGUGAAUAAGAAAAGACAGGAAAUUCGUGAAAGCGCCGCUCAUAAAAAUGGACAACAAAAGCGCACAGCAAGCGCGUAGAGAGUAGAGAAACAAUAUUUUAUAAAAGCGUAAAAUUAAAUAACAAAGCCACUUAGCUUAAGCUGCUUGGUUUUUGCUUCGAAAGCGGCUGGGCCAGCGCGGAAGUGGCAACACAAAGCGAGUUUAAAGCAAGUAUAAAAUUGACGUUAAAGCAGUGCUCUUUCACAUACAUAAAAGAAGAAGCCAUAAAAAAACUGCCAAAACAAAGCGGCCGUACGUUAAUAAACCACAAACAAAAAAUAAUUAACAAAAACCAACAACAAUCACAGCCUUUGCUUACAGCCACGCGCGCUCAAGUGUGCCCAUUUUCGUAACAAUGCGCAUAAUUUCGCAUAGCAUACGUUACGGCGCGCAAGCUUAUGCCGCCAACGCGGCGCAUACAAUUAACAAAAGCACAGUAGCUACACUACCCACCGUCAUCACCUCUAGAACUGCCAGCACCGCUACCACUGCCAUCGCUACGAAACAGACAUCGACUCAAGCCACCAAAAUCUUUGCAAACAUUGCGCCACAGCAGCAACGCAGCGCCAGCGCAUUGUCCGUUGACGCAUCACCGUUAGCUGUGCCACAAUUGGCCAGCGCCACCACGUUGCAGGCAGCCGCUGCGCCAACAACAGUUACGUCAGCAGCCACACACCAAUCGCAAACGCAGUCGGUGUCGCAGUCGCAAAACUCACUAUCAGCUACGGCAAUUCCACGUCGCUCCUACGCUGCACAAUUCAGAAUGAAUUGCCCCAUUUUAAUUGUAAUUAGCCUCGCUUGUAUCCUGCAUGCCGGUCUGCUGUGGCAUGGCGCAAGUGCAGCAAUUUCAAAUCGAGGCACCAACACACGCCCCAUGAGCACUUCGCAGACGUCAUCCAUGUCGGGUGUGCAACCGCACUUUCUCUCGCGCGGCCACACAUAUCGCGCCGUGGUGGGCGACACCCUGGUGCUGCCGUGCCAAGUCGAGAAUUUGGGAAAUUUCGUUUUGUUGUGGCGACGCGGCAUCAACGUGCUCACUGCCUCCAAUAUAAUGGUGACAAGGGAUGAGCGCAUAAGACUGAUAGACGGUUAUAAUUUAGAGAUAUCAGAUUUAGAGCCACAAGAUGCUGGGGAUUAUGUAUGUCAAAUCAGUGACAAAAUAAAUCGUGAUCAAGUGCACACUGUGGAAAUAUUGGUUCCACCGAGCGUACGCGCUAUACCCACCUCUGGCCAAUUGCAAGCACGCAAAGGUGGCCCGAUCACUUUGGAGUGCAAGGGCUCUGGUAAUCCCGUACCAUCCAUUUAUUGGACAAAGAAGAGUGGCGCUGGCAAAUCAUCAGCUCGCAUUGGCGACGGUCCAAUUCUGACACUGGAGAAACUCGAGCGUCAACAGGCUGGAGUAUAUCAAUGCACCGCAGACAAUGGAGUCGGUGAACCGGUUACAGUCGAUAUGCGCUUGGAUGUUUUAUAUCCACCGGACAUACAAGUGGAGAAGUCAUGGAUACAUUCCGGUGAGGGCUUCGAAGCAAAGCUGGUCUGCAUAGUUUACGCUGAUCCGGUGGCCACGGUGUCCUGGUACCAAAACUCAUUUCCGAUACAAACGACCGAUAGGCGAAUUAUGUCAACAAGAGGCAACCGACAUACGCUCACCAUACGACACAUACAGCAGGAGGACUUCGGCAACUACAGCUGUGUAGCCGAUAACUCACUCGGACGCUCGCGCAAGUACAUGGAGCUGUCUGGGCGCCCGGGCCCAGCUGAAUUCUACUCACCGAAAUGGGGUCGCUCAUCGGACAGCUACAAUCUGACAUGGAAAAUAGAUAGCUAUCCGCCGCUGCAGGAGGUGCGUCUGCUCUAUCGGCGUGUAUUGAUGAAUGACACAUUCCAACAGCCAGGAAGAUGGCAUGACUUCAUACUGACACCUGAACAUCGUCCCGCAUCGGAGCCACUUACACACAUCAUGUCAUAUACCAUAAAGAAUCUACAUCCUGGCGCUUACUACGAAGCGAUAGUGCAGGCGAAAAAUAGCUACGGUUGGAAUGAGGUCAGCGAUAUCUUUCAAUUUAUCGUCGCCAGCAAUACCAUGGACAUACCGCCGGAGGACGCUGAAGUGGUGGCCAGCUCCAAGUCGCGCAGCAAUUCCGCCGCCACCGGCAGCACGCAAUUGCCAACGCUCACGCAUAGCCGAACCAUGGCAUGGUGUGCGUUCUUCGCCAUCGCGGCGAGUUGCCUGCUGCAGCGCAGACAUCAGCGACAAAUUUGCCUCAACGUGGGAUAAGCGAGCGAAACGAACACGCGCGCGUCUUAAUGAGUAUGUGUGCAGCUUCGUGGGCGGCAAAUUAAUUUAACGUAAGAAAUGUAAUUCGAUGCUUUUGUUGAUUAUUUAUUUUCAAUUUAAGUGAUAAGCAAAGGGUCAAGUAAAAAAAAAAAACAAAAAGUUGAAGCAGAAAGAUACCAAUAACGUGGAAAAUGUAGAUUAAGAUAAAGUAAGGAAACAAAUUUAUUGCGAUAAGCAGAAAAACCGCAAAUGAUUGAAAGUAUCAGCAGAAAAAAAUAUCAAAUUUUAAAACCGCAAUUACGUUAUCGUUGCGAGUCAAGAGCUGUUUAAUUAAUUUGUUCAAUGGUUAUUUUUGCGAGAUGAGAGGUAAUAAAGAGCAGGAGCUAAAGCGAAAUUUAAGUCAGAGGGUUCAUUAUUAAGCGACUACUAUCGGCUUACGGUUUUCAUUAUUUAAUUAACAAAGUAUAUUUGAACAUAAAAUACUUUCAGUGAAUAUGAGGUUGAUGAGGCUUUUCAGACUGCAGAUUUUUUGCGUUAAUCAGCAACUAAUGCAACAGUGUAGAGAAUUUGCUAAUUGACUUAAUUGGGCACGCUGUCUGAAAUGUAUAGAUAUCACAAGCAUACUUUUUAUAUUUGAGGACAACAAUAUUUGUGUCUAUCUUUAUAGAUUUAUAUUCCUAUAGAAGUUGGAAUACCAUAUACAUAUAACUUUAUGUUCUAUUUGUCGCAGAAGAUGACAGUAGGAAACAAGUUUUAGUAGUGUAAAAUAUAUUUUUGUAACUUUCUUCCUGAAGAGUCAGUCAAACUAAAUUUUAGAUAGCUCCAAAGCAUAAACAACACAGAGUCUGACUACGCUUUCGUAGAGCCAAAACACGACCUUUGGUGAGAGUUCCCACCCUUCCCUUUUGGCGCCUCUACAGCAGUAUAAGCAAUCGUUCUUUAUGCUCUCCUUAAAAAUUGGUCUCUUUUCUAUCAAGAAUAAGUCCUAGGUAUUUCAAUUUAUCAAUAGUUUGAAGACGUGACCUUCCAAAGAAGGGGAGAGCUACGUCAGGGAACUUAUUUCUCCUAGUAAUUUCAGUUUCACUUGGGUUGACUUCUAAGCCGCUUCUAUUCGCCCAGUUGGGUAUCACACUGAGGUACCCUUCGGUUAGCUCUUGAAUGGUAUUGAUAUAUUUCACUUUAACCAUAGGAACAUUCACCAAGAUCCAAAGCAUUAGGGAAAGUACCCCGCCCAUUGGGAUGCCCUAGUUAACCUUCAAGUAUGUCUUUCCACUAUCCCACUUCGCACCAACCGGUAAGUCGCAAUCAAGACUAUACAUGAAUUGCUGGAGACUUUAACCACUGCCUCUGGUCGCUUAUUGUUGAAAAACCUCCUCGAUUUCGAGAAAGGUGACUACAGAAAAUUCUUUGCGGAUAAGAGAUCUCUCUAACCAUGAUACUACAACGAGCAAAGCAAGCAAAGCAUUGUUGACUGAUGUUCUGUUGAUAUAGCCAUUUUGGGCACUAAACAGUUUACCUCUUGGUAUAAUUCAAGAGGAUUUACGAAAUCUGGAUAACUAUCUUCAGAUGUGUCUAUCCGGAUUCUUAAGUUCUUACGCUCCGUAAUUUUUAAAAAACUUCGGGAUUAUAGCUUGAAAUUAUCUAUAUUUUAGUUACAGACCUACUUCUGGCCAAACCUACUUCUGACCAAACUAUUUCGAAAGAAAAAAAUCUGAAAAAUUUUUCGACUUUUCAGCGUCAAAAAUUGUAACGAAAUUAUAUAUGUUCUUUCACAAUAACUGCCUCAAUCCUGCAAAUUCAAGCCAUAUGCCGAUCUGUGUGGAUGGUGAUCAAUUUUUUUCAUAAAUAAUUUUUUUUUUAUCUCAUGCGAUAACGAAGCAUUUCAGACAAUUAUUCAAUUUAGUCAAUUACCAAAUUGUCUACACUAAAAGACAUGGCAGAAAAAUGCUAAUUGACUCAAUUAAGCAGCGGUCUGAAAGGCCUGAAAGUAUGUCACAUAAAUUGUAAAUACAGAGUGUUGAUUUAAGUAAUAAAAAAAGAUUAGAUAGUAGAAACGUGUAAAUAAAAUAAAUUUUAAAAUAAAACAUAUUCCAUAGAGCUAAGGUCACUGAGAUUAUUCAAAUAGAAUUGGAAAUUUCAAUUUCCGCACACAUGCACACGACUUUUUACAAUUAAAAGAACACCACUUACAUAUACAUAUAUAGAAAUAGAAAUAUUAGUGAAAUGAAACCGAAAUACUCGACGCACACGCAACCAAACACACAUACACACAUUUGUGAUGGCGUGUGCCUGUGUGUGCGUGGAGUUAGAUAAAAAGCGUACCACCAGCAAACAGAGUUUUAUUGAUAAAAGUAGCAAAAAGGAGCAUUUUCCGCUUGUAGACGCAAAUUUAAUGAACUUUGAAAUAGUUUUUACUCAACAAGUUCGUAAUUUAUUUGAAUAAACACUGUAAAUAGCAUUUUAAGUCACCGUAAAUAAAAGCAAAAAAAAAAUAGUCUUAUAAAAAAAAAAAUAUUAAA